AGCAUUCGUUAAAGAUAGAGGUGUCUGUUUUGUAUGUUCGCUUCAAAAUUCCCUUUCCACUGCUAUAGAAAACCUCUUGACUCAUGCAAACGUGAGCGCGUGAUUUUUGCGUUUCUUCCGCCUUGGUUUGAGCGCAAAUCCAACACAGUUUAAUUCUUUUUUGUGGUUCGGAAGCAAGCAGUAGCUCGAAAUAUCCAUAAUUGAGCUCCAGCGUGGUGAACCUGAUUGCUAAUAGCCGGUGCCUGGCAUGCUUGGAAUCAGUUUCAUUGGAUCGUAAAUUGGAAGGAGAACCCCGUUUGCCAGAGAUACGCCUCGCGGGAAAGUUUGUGCAAGGCGCAAAGCGGAGUCUGGAAUAAAGGUCGAAAAACUGUUCAUGCCAUGAGAAAACAAAUGUGCAGUUAAAUAUAGAUUUUCCCUCCGUGGAUUACGCUGUGGUGAAUGUGGAAAAAAAGGAGAAAAAAAUAAUCAAUCGAUUUUUAUACAGCGAACGUUGUGUGGGGGAAACGAGUGAGUGGAUCUAAAAUUGAAAUUGCGCUUAGCAGCGACAUGAUGAAUUUCGUGGGGGAAGCACUAUUGCAGAUCGUUCCACGGAUGCGGUGAAUGUAUGACAUUUUCGUUGGACUUUUUCACUGUUCCCCACCCGGGUGUCUCAGGCGUCACAGAAUCGUGAAGUGCAUGUGAAAAUAGAAAGUUUGCUUACUUCCGUAGCAAUCGGUCAAUAUGUGGUAGUGCGUUGAGUACAACUCAUGAUUUCGGAACCAAUUUGGACCUGAAACAGCGAUGGCAGUGCCAAUAACCGGGAGUGUCAGUAUAACGAGAAGUCGAAUUUUUGCAAUUGGCUAUCAAAGUAACGUGCUAAAGAACAAAUUCAAAUAAAAAUCUCAAGGUCGUGUGCCGUUUGUUUAAUCGGAAAAAGAGAAAAAAUUUACGUGUUAAUAAGCUAUUCGCUGGCUAGAACAACAGGCUGCGUCCAGUCCGAGAAUUAGGACAGUAUAUGUAUAGUGUUAGUCAGAUGCAAAACACGCAAACUCGCGGGCAGAGAACCCAUCGAAGUGAAACACGCCACUGCCAGUUUUAGUGAAUGAAAUUUUCUUUAAACUAUUGCUAACCUAGCAAUUACCCUGUAGAACAUCAUUUUCCGUUCUGCCACUCACGAGGCGUUCUACAGCAGCAGCAGUGUAGUUGUACAAGCAUCGAGUCGAAUGAAGGAACGAAAUCUUGCAUCUCUAACUCAGAUACAAACAGAGAGCAAGUAGAACCAGCAACAAUAGAAAAAGACCAAGACCAAGACAGUCGAAUAGAGCAGCACGAGAGAUCUCGGAUACGGGAAAUCUCUUCAGUCACUUGCGUAGCGGUGAGGAAUGCAUUACGGAGACGAAAACCACGUGGUCCUAGUCGUAGUCCGUGCUAGCUUUUCUGCCGACAUCAAAUAUAACAAUAUCGAAGAGGCACUAGCCUCUCGAAGAAAGUGAAAACUGACGCUAAAGUGUGUCGAUUAAUAUCGUCAACAAUAGGCGAAAAUUUCUCUUUCCCGCCAACCAUCAGCAAACAAGUGAUUAUCCGAACAAAAGAUCCUGUAACGGAGAUGCCGAAAUGAUGAUAUAAUCAACAGUAAAAUCUCCUCGAGCAGUGUCCAGUAACAAAGAAGCAAAGUGAAGAAGCUUUUUGAGUGAAUGCAUAUAAGUAAUAUAUUCAACUGUGUGGUGAAAGUGGAUCUCGCGCGAUGAAGCAAUAGUUAUUUUAAAUGCGCAAAGUUUAGCACUUGAUUGAUAAAUUCGUAACCCCUUCGAAGUGCCAGAUAAAGCGAGCAGACAUGUCUCUGGAACUGGUGUUAGUGGCCGCUGCCGUAGUGGCCGUGUUUGGCUAUAUUCUAUUCGUUCGGAUUCGAAUGCGAGCACAGAGUGACGCAUCGAGCCGGAACGAUAAGAAAGACGACGGAAAGCAAAACAAACAUGACCACGGCGCGGUAGACAACGAGUCCAGCUCUGCAGCUGCUUCCGGUAUUGCAACGAACAAGACCGGCAGAAAAGCUGCAGCCUCCGCCGUAGCAACGACAGUGAAGAAACAGCGCACAGCUGAAGCCAACUAUCAGCACCCAUGGCUGUACACGACACUCAAGGGCCACACCCGCCAGGUGCUCGAUAUGGACUUCUCCAGAAAUGGGAAAUUCCUGGCGACAUGUGCGGAAGAUUCGCCUUCAGCAGGGCCGAGCAGCAGCAAUCAUUCAAUUAAUGGCAAUAUUAAUGAAAAUGAUGAACAAAAUGCUACCACGCGCUCGCUAUCGCCGGCGUCGUCAUCAUCGUCGUCGUCUUCGGCCUUCAGCAGCGUUAGCGAUGCUAAAGAGACCAACGACGUUAGCAGUUGUUCAGGUGGUGGUAGUGGUGCCACCAGUGGCAGCACCAGCAGUAGCAGUAGUGGCAGCACCAAUGGUGAAGACUCACCAAAUACCCAAGGCAAUAGUAAAAAACAGCGCAAAUACACAAAAAAGAAACAACAAUAUAAGAAGAAUACUAACAAUAUCCACUGUAAUAAUGGUAACGUGCAAAAGCCGACAUCAAAUUUACGCCAGCCGCCGUCAAUCACUUGCAACGACGUUGUCAAUGCACUGCAAGAUGAUCACAUCACGCAUCCGACAUACUAUUAUAAUUCGUCAACAUCAUCAUCUACUUCAUCGCUUACAUCACAAACAACGAAAACGAACUUAUCGGCUAGAGGCAGCAUGAGCAACAGUCAACGUGAAGCCGCCAUCAGUUCUGCAAAUUCAUUAUGGCCAUCGUUGCCAACGCCGGCAUCAUUGGCAUCGGCUACAUCUCCAUUAUCCUCUUCGGUCAAGAACGAUAAAAACAGUAGUUACCAAGGUCGCCUGGAUUUUAGGGGUAACAUCGGCGGUCGAGGAGUCGGUACCGCCACGGCACAGCAUACGGACAAAAAAUACCACAAAGGAAACCCACCUGGCAAUUUGAAAACAUCCGCGCCCGGUGGCCCGGCAAUAAUAGCCACAAACACUACACCAUUACGUCAGUAUGUGAAGCUCAAUCUGAACGAGAAUGAGCUUGUCAAGUAUCUUCGCAAGUACGUGCUCGAUAAAGACGUGAUGAAGCAGCUCGGUUUCCCCGUGGAAUAUGGUCUAGACUCGAACAAAGCGAUCAUCUAUAAGUUUCCGCACGAUUUUUUCCGUCCAGCUCAAUUCUACCCGACGUCUGUUGCGGUAGCAACUGAUGCAAAUAAGCGAUUAGUGACUGCCGGUUCAGACAAAAGCGAUGAUAACGACAGUGGCCAAGGAAGUGGGACCUCCUCACCGACAAAUGUCGAUGACAAUGAUACACUACUAAUGUAUCGACUAUCGAGUAAGCCAACGUCCCUGGAUUCACCGCUUGGUGCGAACAUGCAACUGCAACCGAGUGAGGAACGCGAGUGUUGUCGAUGCGGAAAAGGAUUCUUCACCACCCGGGAUGGAGAAUACUUGACACAAGAGCAUUGCAUUUAUCACUGGGGGCGACUUACCCGCGUUUUCUCCGGAGCAGAGUUCAAGAAAAUAUACUCGUGCUGCAACGGUGACGCCGAUGUAAAAGGUUGCACUAUCAACAAAUUACACGUUUGGACCGGGUUGCUGUCUGGCUUUAACGGUCCCUUCGAUGGGUUCCUGAGAACUCAACCAUCACCGAGAAAGCUGAAAAAGUUUGAAAAAAUGCUUCUAAACAAGUUCUAUUACCAGAAUAUGAACGCAGAAUGUGUUGAUUUGUUGCAUGAUGAUCUGUUGGACAAUGACGAGAGCGAUGGUGUCUUCGCACUCGAUUGUGAAAUGUCCUACACUGGUAGGGGUUUGGAUUUGACCAAGGUAACGGUUGUAACUGUCGACGGUAGUCUAGUAUAUGAAAAGUUCGUUAAACCAGAUAUCGAGAUUGUUGACUAUAAUACUCGCUAUUCAGGUGUCACGGAGGCGGACUUUGCCAACCCUCGCAACUACGUCACGUUAAAACAAGUACAAAAAGAUCUCCUAAGCUUUAUCUACGAUGACACUAUCCUAAUCGGACAUGCCAUCGAGAAUGAUCUAAAAGUAUUAAAAAUCAUCCACAAGACUGUGAUUGAUACGUCCAUCACGUUUCCACAUAUGAACGGUUUUCCGUUCCGGCAGUCACUGAAGUCACUCACCAAAAACAUUCUGAAACGGGAUAUUCAGAUGUUGGGGACAGGUGGCACGAUGCAUUCGAGGCCACAACAUCACAUCAACGACGAGUUUGUAUGCAGUAGCAGUAGUAGUAUUAGGAAUAGUAGUAAUAGUAGAACUAGCAAUGCAAGCUGUGAUAACAGCAAAUGCAACAGUAAUACUAAUAGCAGUAGCGGUAGUAGUAAUUCGUUUGGCCACUGUUCUCUGGAGGAUAGUCGAGCCAGCCUAGAACUAAUGCUUUGGCGCGUACGCAAGGACAAAGCAGUGUACGACAAUAUCUGGAAUGGAAACAAUUGUUAUCGAUUGCAGAAUAAUUAAAAGAAAAAUGCUGUGAUUAUUUUUUAUUUAGGUUUGUUUUCUUUCGCCUCUGGUUACAUAUCGCUGGAGGUAUAUGUGGUAGAUUACUUAAUAGUGGUGAGCAAAAGAUACUGAAGGAGUCAUGGUUUUCUUCUACUAUCGUUAAUUGGAAUGUUUUUAUUUCGUCACCGCUAAAUACUGCCAACGUAGAAGUUUUUUUGCAGCGGCUCUUAAGAUGUGUUUCCGAGACAAUACAGCUGAAAUAACUGAAUAGAAAGUUAGUUUCUUUUGACAGUAAAUUUAGAAAAUAUCAAUUCAUCCUGUCAAUUUGAAAAAUCAGUUUUGGAAUUUAAAUGCAUCUAUGAAAAAACUGACAUGCAUUACGACAUAUACGUCUUCGGUACACAAGCAACGAUAAACCAUACUCAAACGAUACGCGCAAUACAAAACAAGAAACAGAUUCCGUCCUUUUUGGCCAAUACUGCAUAAACACAAAAUCCCAUCAACUACAUCACCUGUUUCAAAAUUUUACAAAUUCAUUCAUCAGUAUAUUUCUAACAAUGUUCGAGUCAAGGUCAUCGUUUGGUUCCUAGAAGUAAAUAUAUAAUUUUAUACAAACAACAACAAUUUAAAUGAAACCGUCGUUUGUUUUGUUUUCAUUCAAACGACACACACAUGCCGACAUGCAAAAUAUGUUUUAGUUCAAAUAAACGUGAAAGACUGUGUUUUAUUUACAUAAUGCUUAGCAGUGUUAUUUUUAGUUUAGUCUCAUUUCUCUGAGAAAUCAAAACCGAGGCUCAAAUACCUACACAGAUGAACAAAAUACUAAGCUUCCCCACUAUCUAAAGUUUAUUUAUAAACAUUCAAAAAUAUUGCUAGCGGGAAAACCACCUCCGCUCUGCUUUCGUACCACGCAACAAGCCCAUCCAAACCGAACUUUUGAGUAGUGACAAAAUGCAAUACAUCUUGCACGAAAAAACUGGCGGGCCAUUUUUCUUUCGCCAUUCAAGCAGCAUAUUUUUCUUUUAACUAUUCGGCGGUCGAGAAAAUGGCGCAACGGAAAUGCGUAACCAUCAUGAAACGAACAGCCAACUCGGAUCUGGUACAUAGUAUAUUGGUACUGAGAUCGCACUAAUAAAUGUUUACAUCGUGCGAAAAUUAACUUACGAAAAUUAUAAAGAAAUAAGUAGCAGCUGUAAAUAUUUUACGUCAAAUGGAAAAGAUUUAGCUAGCUUGUGACGUCAGAGGUAGAUUGUUAUUUUAUGUAAGCUGAGCGAAAGCAAUACUAACAUACAAACACACUUCACAGACGUUGAGCAGGAAAACAAGUUUUCAAAGAUUAAGUAAACACUAUGGAUCGCAAAAAAGAAACCUACAAAUCCCAACACCGAAUCUUUACCACAUCAGUCAAAUAUUGUGUAUAAGUUGUAGAAUACAUAUAUAAAUACGAAUUAAUGUAGGAAGUAGUGGCGCGCUGAGACCACGCUGUGAGGUCAAAUGUGAGCUCCUAACGUCCAUCCGUAAUAGCAGCGGGUGAUAUUUUUUAUUUGCAUAGUGAACUCAAGUCUAUGCGUUCUUUGUAAAAAGUCAAAGAUACAACACUGAAAAUUAUUUUUUAAUAAAAAUAAUAUUUUUAAA